CACUUCGCAAAGCUACCCCCCUCAGCUAGGAAAGGGCUUUCCGACGACAGCCACGUAGUUGACGUCCUCUCUCGGGUCCUUAUCUUAGGCACCUACCGCUUCGGGGAAACAUCGAGAAGAAUACUACCAUGAGGUAAUCCUAUCAGCAACUCGCUGACCAUGCGAGGCUAGCAACGCUUUUCGUAUCGAGAUCCCUCACGCCCUAUUCUCUAUCUACUCGACCGAGUAAAAGAUCAUGGCUCGGACCACGCUUUCGGCCCGGGAACAUGCGAUAGCGGCUUUUCAUAGGGCCGCAGAGAUUAGGCUCGGUUUUUGGUACGGAUGACCGUAAAUGGACGAGGCUUAGGGUAUAUAUAUUUAUAUCGUAGAACGUCAAUAGAGGCCGUUGUUGGUUGCUCGAUCUGCAGCUCUGCCCGCUUCACUACAAGUCUCAACUAUGUUCUGGCUAACCCUCGCCGCUCUGGCGAGCCAGGCGGCUUCUGCCUCAGCCUCGGCGUCAGCACUUCCAGUGAAGCUUGAGACUCGCUCGGAACUCAACUCGCGUCUCACAAAUAUUCACAUAUCGAUUGAUGUUCCGAUCGAUGGCGAGGUGACGUAUACCUACGGCCGUUGCAACAACAAGGCGAUCCACGAGGCUCAUCACACGGUCGGCCGCGGCACGGGGGAGACGGACUCGCGGAUGGUAUGGAUCCUGCCGGACGAUGCCUGGUUCGAUGGAUGUAUCUCGGCGUGGGACGAGCUAGGGACCCUGAUUGGCCGCAGCGAGCCGCAGCGGCUUAGUAAGAGGAAGCUCAAGAGGCGAGGUGCCAGCAUAGAGAUGUCGAACGCCACCGGCAUCGACGCCUGGGGGCCGUGGUUCGACGGCGUCGAGCUGCUCAAGAACAAGGAGAUCAGCGCCUUCGAUGCUAAGGCGGCUAAGUGCAAGGAGGUGGCUAUCGUGGGAGCAGGUAUGUCGGGCUUGAUGACUUACCUGGUCCUCACGCAGGCCGGCAUGACGAAUGUGAAGAUUAUCGAGGCUGCCCAACGGCUUGGUGGAAGAGUCCACACCGAGUACCUGACCGGUGGCCCGUUCGACUACUCUUACCAGGAGAUGGGUCCCAUGCGAUUUCCAGAAACGAUAGUGUAUUCGAAUGAGACUUACAACAUCACGGAUCACCAGCUGGUAUUCCAAUUGGCUGCCGAGAUGAACAAGAUCAACAACUACAACAAGAACUGGAGCGUCGACUUCAUCCCCUGGUACCAAUCUAGCCCCAACGGACUGUACUACUACAACGGGAUCAAGCUGGCCAAUGGACUACCACCAACAGUGACCCAGAUCAAGGAGAAUGCCUCUUUAGAGAUCACUUAUCCCGAAAACCCGUCGACGGCGGCCUUGACCAGCAAGAUCGACGCUCUCUCCGCCAACGAGACUUUCAUGAUCGAAAUCGCAACCAACAUGCACAAGGCCCACAAGGACUUCUUAGUCAACGGCCUCGGCGGACUCGGAGGUGAUGUCUGGUCCGAGUUCGCUUACAUGGUGAAUUACCUGAACGCGACAUUGAACGACACCGAUGUGCUCGAGGGCGGCGCAAGUUCGUUCUGGGACACCUUUUACGAAGGCGUGUACUUCAACGCCACGACCUGGAAGACCAUCGAUGGAGGCUUGAGCCGACUGCCUACGUCGUUCCACCCCUUGGUCGACAAGGUCACGACCAUGAACCGCAAGAUCGAGCGGGUAGAGUGGCUAGGCGACACCAAGAAGGUCAAGCUACAGUGGCGCAACAAAUUCACCGAUAGGACGUUCCAGAACGCCACGUACGACUACGCCGUCUUCGCCCUGCCCUUCUCCAUCGUCAAGAAGAUGAGGCUUCCAUACCUGCCCACGACGAUCUCCAACGCGAUCGAGAACAUGCCGUUCGAAGCGGCCUGCAAGGUGGCGCUCGAGUACAAGACGCGCUUCUGGGAGCACUACGAGAACCCGAUCUACGGCGGGUGCUCGACGUCGACGGACAUCCCGGGCAUCGGGUCGAUCUGCUACCCGAGCUACUGCCUGAACUGCACUGGCCCCGCGACGAUCCUGGCCUCGUACGCGUCGGGCGACUGGGGCGCCCGCUGGGUCUCCGUCCCCGAGGCCGAGCACGUCCAGUACAUGGUCGACGCCAUGGCCGAGAUCCACGGCGAGGUCGCCCGCGAGCAGUACACCGGCAAGUUCAACCGCAGGUGCUGGAUGAUGGACCCGUAUGAGGGAGGUAGUUGGGCCAGCCCGACUGUCGGCCAGCAUCAGUUGUAUUUGCCGGAGUACUUUAAGACGUAUAACAACAUGAUUUUCGUCGGCGAGCAGACGUCUUACACCCAUGCCUGGAUCGCGUCCGCGCUUGAGUCGGGUAUCCGUGGUGGUGUGCAGCUACUCCUCGAACUUGGCCUUGUCGACGAGGCUAAGGCCACGGUCGAGAAGUGGAUGGCGAGGUGGAUCGAAGUUGUGAGUACCUUCCCCCCUUAACUCGACGUGUCUUUGUAAAAGCUAACAGGGGUUUUCCGCAGUAAAAUCGGAAGAAAUCGGUUUCGACAUAUCAAGUAUUUAUGAGAGACGUUAAGCCGUGAUGAGCUCAUGACCGCGCCGUGUGGCGAUCAUCGUUAGCGUGCAUAUAGAAUAGAAGCAUGUACUACGUAGAUAGAUAAUGUAGAUAUAUUAAUUCGUACUAUUGUCUACAGCCGUAUGUCCGGUGAAUGCAUUAGCAUGUCCGUUAUAUCGGUGGUGAGGCGCUAACAUGUCACG